AUGUCUGCUCGCCUCCUCCCCCUUGGUUGGGUUGCCAUCAACUGUGAUGGAUCGGUUAAGCAAGAUCGUGGGGGUCGGGUUAUGGGUGCAAUUGGGCGGGAUCAGUUAGGGAACCCUUUGUUUGCUAUUGCUGGUGGUGCGAGUGAGGUUAGCAUCGUCCAUAUGGAACUGCAAGCCACUAAAAUAGGUCUUUUAAAGGCCAACAGCUCCAAUCUUUCUCGGGUGCAGGUGCGAUCAGACUCCAUGCUGGCCAUUAAGAUGAUUGUGGGUACCUUUGCUUUGUCAUGGGAAGUUAGGUGGCUGAUAGAGGACAUCAGAAUAUUGCGCGACUCUUUUGUUAGUUGUUCGUUUGCUCAUCAGGUUCGUGAGGCAAAUUCGUGCGCAGAUUACUUAGCAGGCUUGGUGGACACUUAUGUUGAGUUUUCUUUUUCUAUGGACUCUCUCCCUUCUGCACUUUCUGUUAUGAUACAGAAUGAUGCUCGGGGAAAGAAGUAUCCCAGAUUGUAA